CGUGACUCGACUUUCUCCCUCCUCUUUGUGCCCCCCAAUUCUUCUUGCAUUCUGCGAUCAUGGUACGCGGCCUCGAAGGCAACGAGAUGUCGACGCCUCGCCCCUCCCAGAAAAAGCAGCAGGCCUCCGCCUCACAAUCGGCGAAGGGCCAAAAGUCCAUCUUGGGCUUCUUCCAGAAAAAGUCUACCAAUUCACCUAGUCCUGCACCCUCUGAUCCUACGCCAAUCAAAAAGACACCUACCUCUACACUGACCAAAAGAAAUUUCGCCAAACCACCCGCGUCUAUUACUCCCGUCCCAAGCAGCGACGCACCCGAGUUCUCGAGCCCGAUAAAGCAGGAGCGAGUGUCUCUCGCAGGAAGGAACAAGGAGAAUGAAAUUGCAGGCGUUGCAUUGAGCAGCCCAUCACGGACGGUCAGGAAGUCUGUCAACUAUGCCGAGUCCGACGACGAGUCCGACGACGACGAUGUGCUGGGGCCAAUCGCCAACAAUGCGAGGAGUAGAGCUACAAAGCGUAGGAGGGUCAGCGUAGAAGACGAUUCGGACGAUGAGUUCGGCUUAGACACCGCCACGCAGCAGGCUCUGAUCGACGAUGAGGUGGACGACUUCAUAGUAGCAGACGAUUCAGACGAGGAGGAAGUCGUCUCCAAGAAGCGCAAGCGACCGGCAUCGACCAAGGCUAACAGGAAAGCUUCGCCCGCAUCUUCCCCACCUCCAAUCCCCUUCAAAGAAGAGACUGAAGAGAAUGUGAUAAUGACAUACACUUCGACGGCGCAGCGAUGGACGUACGACCCCGAGAACCCCAUGACUCCUAAGCCCCGCCCAGCGAACCCGAAGAAUACGAGCAAGAAGGCGAAAGAGAGACCGUCUGCCUCCGAACCCGAGACAAGAUACAUAUGGCUAGCGAAUAUGCAGGACGCUGACCGUAAUCCUGUUGGCCACCCCGAUUAUGAUCCUCGCACGCUCUACAUUCCACCUCAAGCUUGGGCGAAAUUCUCGCCUUUCGAGAACCAAUACUGGGAAAUCAAGAGCAAAUUCUGGGAUACAAUCGUGUUCUUCAAGAAAGGCAAGUUCUACGAAUUAUACGAGAAAGACGCUUCGGUUGGGCAUCAGCUUUUCGACCUCAAAUUGACUGACCGUGUCAACAUGAGGAUGGUUGGCGUACCGGAAGCAUCUCUGGAUAUGUGGGCAACUCAAUUUGUUGCAAAAGGGUACAAGGUGGCCAGGGUGGAUCAGAUGGAGUCUGCUCUUGCCAAGGAGAUGCGCGAACGAGAUGGCAAGGAGGACAAGGGCAAGACGCCGAAGAAGGCAGACAAGGUGAUCCGACGGGAACUGGCUGCCGUUCUGACAUCGGGCACUCUCGUCGACACUGGUAUGCUCCAGGACGACAUGUCAACAUACUGCAUGGCCAUCAAGGAGAUCGACCGCGACAACCUACCUGCCUUUGGUGUAGCAUUCGUUGAUACUGCGACUGCCCAAUUUCAACUCUGCGAGUUCACUGAUGACAUUGAUAUGACGAAAUUCGAGACUCUCAUCGCACAGAUGAGACCCGGCGAAUUGCUCCUUGAAAAGUCCUGCAUCUCUGCGAAAGCCCUGCGAAUCUUGAAGAACAACACGGCACCCGCAACGCUCUGGAACUCGCUAAAACCAGUGAAGGAGUUCUGGCCGGCGGAUAUUACGAUCCGCGAAGUCGAAGUAAACAACUACUUCAAAUCGCCCACAGAAGACAAUAUUGAAGCUUGGCCGCCGGUCCUGCGUGAAGCACGAGAACAAGAGCUGGUCAUGUCUGCCUUUGGCGCGCUUUUGCAAUACCUCCGAACCCUGAAGAUUGAGCGCGAUCUAGUCACUCUUGGCAACUUUCAAUGGUAUGAUCCAAUACGCAAAGCAACAAGCUUGGUCCUCGACGGGCAGAGCUUGAUCAACUUAGAGAUAUUCGCCAACACUUUUGAUGGGUCUGCCGAGGGAACACUAUUCGCCAUGUUGAACCGCUGUAUCACGCCUUUCGGUAAGCGGUUGCUCCGGCAGUGGGUGUGUCAUCCUCUGGCAGAUGCCAAGAAAAUCAACGCUCGUCUUGAUGCCGUGGACGCUCUAAAUGCCGAUUCUACUAUCAUGGACAACUUCAGCGCUUCGCUUAGCAAGCUCCCAGAUCUCGAACGUCUCAUCUCGCGAGUACAUGCAGGCCGUUGCAAAGCCCAAGAUUUUCUCAAAGUGCUUGAGGGAUUCGAGCAGAUUGAGUACACUAUCAGUCUACUCAAGCAGUUUGGCGAGGAGGAGGGAGUCAUCGGACAGCUCAUUGCCUCUAUGCCAGAUCUUGCCAGUUCUUUGUCAAAGUGGAAGUCGGCUUUUGAUCGCAGUCUCGCCAGAAAAGAGGGCAUCCUGGUCCCGGAGCCUGGUAUUGAAGAAGACUUUGAUAGCAGCCAGAAAGAAAUUGAUAACUGCGAAGCGGAGCUUGAAGUGCUCUUAAAGAAGGCACGAAAGGACCUUGGCUCAAACACCAUCUGUUUCCGCGACAAUGGAAAAGAGAUCCGCCAACUGGAGGUCCCAAAGAAGGUCAAGGUGCCUAGUAGCUGGGAUCAGAUGUCGGCUACAGCUAAGGUCACUCGCUACUACUCGCCUGAGCUCCGAAAGCUUGUUCGAGCACUACAAGAAGCUCAAGAGACGCAUGGGCAGAUUACUCGCGAGGUGGCUACUCGGUUCUGCAAGCGCUUUGACGAAGAUUACACCAUUUGGCUCGCUGCCGUGAAGAUUAUCGCGCAGCUUGACUGUUUGAUCAGUCUGGCCAAGGCUUCGGCCUCUCUUGGAGAGCCUAGCUGUCGUCCAGUGUUCGAGGAGGGUGACCGCACCGUGGUCGAAUUCGAAGAACUUCGUCACCCGUGUAUGCUCAAUACCGUCGACGACUUUAUUCCUAACGACAUUAGGUUAGGCGGCGACGCAGCAAACAUCAGCCUCCUUACCGGUGCCAACGCGGCCGGUAAGUCCACAAUUCUGAGAAUGACUUGUAUAGCAGUCAUCCUCGCGCAGGUCGGGUGCUACCUGCCCUGCACAUCAGCGAGAAUCACGCCAGUUGAUCGCAUCAUGUCUCGUCUCGGUGCGAACGACAACAUCUUCGCUGCGCAAUCAACAUUCUUCGUCGAGCUCUCUGAGACACAGAAGAUCCUCUCAGAAGCUACGCCCCGCUCCCUCGUCAUCCUUGACGAACUUGGCCGCGGCACAUCCUCCUACGACGGUGUCGCUGUUGCACAAGCAGUACUCCACGACAUCAGUACACGGGUUGGUUGCGUCGGAUUCUUUGCUACGCACUACCGCUCCUUGGCUAAAGAAUUUGAAUACCACCCUGAAGUGCAGAAUAAGCGUAUGCGUAUUCAAGUCGACGGCGAUUCCAAGUCCAUCACCUUUCUCUACAAGCUGGAAGAGGGCGUUGCAGAGGGUAGCUUUGGUAUGCAUUGUGCAGCUAUGUGUGGUAUCCCGGACAAAGUCAUAACGAACGCGGAGACGGCGGCAAGAGAGUGGGAGCAUACUAGUAGACUGGGAGAGAGGAUGGAGGUGAAUAAGGAGGAUGGUGGCGUGUAUGUGCCGCUGGGUAUGCAGAGUGAUGUUGCGUGGGCGCUGAGAGAGGGGCUGGAAGGCGUGGGGGAUAGGGCACUGGAGGUGUUACUUGAAGCUAUUGCGGCGCUGUAGGAGGCGUGUUGUUAUAUUGAAGAAGGCGUAAUCGUGUUGUUUUAUGCGCCGAACUGCUACUGUGGAAGUAGUGGGCGUUAAGCUUGACUAUGGGUAUAUCUUUAUGGGGCGUUCUUUCAUUUCGAGGUUGGUGUGACGCACCACUGUAAUCACGUUCUGCUAUUUAGCCAAAUAUACUGUUGGUAUCUCUUAUUCGAUAGACUGCAUAAUUCCAGUAGCUUUGCAAUUGUUUGAUAGCC